AUGAAGGCGCCGGCGAGAAGAGCAGCAGCAGCAGCAAAGGCCCAGGGAAAUGAGCAGCAGCAGCAGCAGCAACAGCAGCAGCAGUGCAACGUCAGCAGCAGCAACAGCAGCAACGCAACGGCAGCAGCAGCAGCAGCAGCAACGCAACGGCAGCAGCAGCAACAGCAGCAACGCAACAGCAGCAGCAGCAACAGCAGCAACGCAACAGCAGCAGCAGCAGCAACAGCUGCAGGAGACGCGGCAGCAGCAGCAGCUACAGGAGUCGCAACGCCAGCAACAACACAUGCACGGCAGCAGCAGCAGCAGCACGAGCAGCAGCAGCACAAGCAGCAGCAGCAGCGGCAGUACAAGCAGCAAAAGCAGCAGCACAAGCAGCAGCCACACAAGCAGCAGCCGCACAAGCAGCAGCAGCAGCAGCAGCAGCACAAGUAG